AUGUCCUACCCGAUGAACAAUCAAGAUGGAGGUGAUAGGACCCAUGGCACAAGGGAAGUUAUUACUAGUACCGAGUUUAAGACCUUCUGUGCAACAGUGGAGGAGGUUCGGCAUUUAUUGUUGGGCAUGGGAAACCAAAACCCUCCACCGCGACCUAAUGGAGGUGCCCGCGUGCAACUUCCUAUUGUUGAGAGACGUCCUCUCCUUAAGAGUGAGGAAGAGUCUGAAGAACUCCUCCAUGAACAGCCCCUGAUCGCACCUAAUCAGAAUAAUCGUAACCAGUACAUGGACGAUUUUCGAAUUAAGGCUGAUAUUCCAUACUUUAAUGGCCACCUAAAGAUUGAAGACUUUCUUGAUUGGUUGGUAAAGGUGGAGCGUUUCUUCGAGAUUACGGAGGUUCCAGAGACAAAGAUGGUGAAGAUAGCUGCCUUUCGUUUGAAACGUAGGGCGGCUGUAUGGUGGGACCAGCUUCAAACAUCACGGUAG